CGGGCCAGGAUGGAAGUGUCUGCUGAGGGCGCGCCGCAGGGCACGGGGCCAGUGCUGGUGCGCCGGCGGUCCCCAGGGUCCCUGGGCCUGCGUGAGAUGCUCAAAGCCAGGCUGUGGCGCAGCUGCACGUGCAGCACGCAGAGGGCCUGGACGCUGGUGCAGGACCUGCUCCCCGCCACCCGCUGGCUGCGCCAGUACCACCCGCGGGAGGCCCUGGUGGGUGAUGUUAUGUCCGGGCUGGUCAUUGGCAUCAUCCUGGUGCCCCAGGCCAUCGCCUACUCGCUGUUGGCAGGGCUGCAGCCCAUCUACAGCCUGUACACGUCCUUCUUCGCAAACCUCAUCUAUUUCCUCAUGGGCACCUCGCACCACGUCUCCGUGGGCAUCUUCAGCUUGCUCUGCCUCAUGGUGGGCCAGGUGGUGGACCGCGAGCUCCUGCUGGCUGGCUUCGGGCCUGCCCAGGAGGGGACCGGGCCUGGGGACAACAGCAGCACCAUCAACACCUCGGCUGCUGUGGCGGGGCUCAGGCCGCAAGACUGUGACCAGGACUGCUACGCCAUCCGCGUCGCCACUGCCCUUACGCUGGUGGCCGGCAUCUACCAGGUACUCCUGGGCAUGCUCCGGCUAGGCUUCGUGUCUGCCUACCUGUCUCAGCCGCUGCUUGAUGGCUUUGCCAUGGGGGCCUCGGUGACGAUCCUGACCUCCCAGCUGAAGCACCUGCUAGGCGUGCGGAUCCCACGGCACCAAGGGCUGGGCAUGGUGGUCAGCACGUGGCUGAGCCUGGUACGCGGUGCUGGGCAGGCCAACCUGUGCGACGUAGUCACCAGUGCCACAUGCCUGGCCGUGCUGCUGGCCGGCAAGGAGCUCUCUGAGCGCUGCCAGCGCCGCCUGAAGGUGCCCCUGCCCACGGAGCUAGUGGUCAUCGUGGCGGCCACGAUGGUGUCCCAUUUUGGGCAGCUCCAUGAACGCUUCGGCUCCAGCGUGGCUGGUGACAUCCCCACGGGCUUUGUGGCCCCCCGGGUGCCAGACCCGGGGCUGAUGUGGCGCGUAGUGCUGGACGCAGUGCCACUGGCUCUUGUGGGCUCCGCCUUCUCCAUCUCUCUGGCGGAGAUGUUUGCCCGGAGCCACGGCUACUCCGUGAGAGCCAACCAGGAGCUGCUGGCCGUGGGCUGCUGCAACGUGCUGCCCGCCUUCUUCCACUGCUACGUCACCAGCGCCGCACUGUCUAAGACCCUGGUGAAGACGGCCACUGGCUGCCGCACGCAGCUGUCCAGCGUGGUCAGUGCCGCAGUGGUGCUGCUGGUGCUGCUGGCGCUGGCGCCGCUCUUCCGGGACCUGCAGCGGUGCGUGCUGGCCUGUGUCAUCGUCGUCAGCCUGCGUGGUGCCCUGCGCAAGGUCAGGGACGUCCCGCAGCUGUGGCGGCUCAGCCCAGCCGACGCGCUGGUCUGGGUGGCCACCGCGGCCAGCUGUGCGCUGGUCAGCGUCGAGGUGGGGCUGCUGGCCGGCAUCCUCCUGUCCCUGCUCAGCCUGGCUGGCCGUACCCAGCGCCCGCGCGCCGCCCUGCUCGCUCAGAUUGGGGACUCCGGCUUCUACGAGGACACAGCGGAGUUUGAGGGCCUGGUCCCCGAGCCUGGGGUGAGGAUAUUCCGCUUUGCAGGGCCUCUCUACUAUGCUAACAAGGACUUCUUUCUGCGGUCCCUCUCCAGCCUCACGGGGCUGGACGCGGGGCGUGCGGCCACCAGGAAGAAGGAGCGGGGCCUGGAGGCCAGGGUCAGUGAGGGCAUGGACCUGGGCCCAGGGACCAGCACGGCGGCCCUGGUGUCCACGGCAGCUGGCUUCCACGCUGUGGUCAUCGACUGUGCACCCCUGCUCUUCCUGGAUGCAGCCGGUGUGGCCACGCUACGGGACCUGCGCCGAGACUAUGCAGCCCUGGGUGUCAUGCUGCUCCUAGCCUGCUGCAGCCCCUUGGUGCGGGACACCCUGAGGAGAGGCGGCUUCCUUGGGGAGGACCAGGGUGACCUGACUGAGGACGGGCAGCUCUUCCACAGCGUGCAUAGUGCUGUGCAGAGGGCCCGAGCCGGCCACAGGGUGCCAGUGGCCAUGGACUCCGCCCUCUAG